UUCUUGUUGGCCUGCGUAGCGACACCGAUCCCCAAACUGCGCUCUCGAUAUUAUUCAUAUAAUACGAAUCAUCCCGAAUCGAUCGAUCCGUUUUUCUGGUUUUUCAACUCUUCUUUUUGUUUUUGUAUUGCUGUGCGUGGUUUUUUUGAAUUGAUUGAGGUCAGAAGUUUAAACCAUCCAAACGUAUAGUGAAUUCGUCGACACUUGAUUCCUGAUAGUUUUUAAAAUUUAACAAAAAAGACGAUCAUAUUCCGUUAGAUCGCCAAUUCAGGAAGAAUUCCACGACAUAUAAAGGAGUCGGACUACUACUAAGCUAAAAAAAGAAAACAUUUGUGUUCGUUAUACUACAUUGUAGAGUGAAUUGGAUAUAUAUAUAACCCCUAAAAUAGCUUUUUCUACGAGUCCCAAGGUAAAGGCUCGAAAGCAUAGUCGCAUUCAUUUGUUUGCCGACUCGGCUUCGUUCAUCACGUCGACAACCAAUUUUCAAACGGCAUCGUCAAUUUCUUCUGUUUCUACCGGGCCGGCGACGAUACGAAUUUCUGUAUACAAUUGGCUCAACCACACAGUUUCACUCUUGCAACAGUAGCUGCUGGAAAACACCAAAGGCAAAGGGAAAGCAACAGUCUUGUGUCUGAGCGGCUCGUCGACGGUCUAGACUAGCACACAAAAAUGUCGGCGGAUUUCUUCACGUCUCUCAGCUGGACGGCGAUGGACAAGACCACGUUGUUCAUUCAAAUCUUUUACACUGUUGCUGCGCUAGCCUUAAUGUGGCUCUUGCAUUACGUCUUUAUCAAACCACUCAACAGGAUCAGAGAUUUGUGCGACACGGGCUACCAAGAUCAAGCGAGAUGGGAUCGCUUCGGAAGGACAAAGCGCCAGCUGGCCAACGAAGCUAGACGGAACAAAAAAGUCGGCGACGUGCCGCCCGUCUUUCCCAACGGAUGGUUCGCUCUGUGCGAGUCGGAAGACCUCAAAGCCGGACAAGUUUUGGCCGUCAAAGCUCUCGACGAGAAUCUGGCCGUUUUUCGGACCGAAGAAGGAAAAGUAUGUGUGCUGGACGCUUAUUGCCCUCAUUUGGGAGCCCAUUUGGGCAUAGGUGGACGAGUUGUUGACGAUUGCAUCGAGUGUCCAUUUCACGGCUGGAAGUUCAGCGGGCACGAUGGCAAAUGCACUUCUAUUCCAUACUCAAAAGGAAAAGUUCCGACGAGCGCUCAAGUCAAGAAAUGGCCGAGCCACGAAGUCAACGGCUUCGUUUUCUUCUGGUACCACGCCGAGAUGGACAAGAGUUUGGAACCAGAAUGGACCGUGCCCGAAUUGGAUGUCAUCAGCUCAGGCCGUUGGAAAUACCGCGGACGGACCGAGUACAAAGUCAACGUUCACAUUCAAGAGAUACCUGAAAAUGGAGCUGACGUGGCUCAUUUGGCCCAUCUACACGGUCCGUCGAUGCUGGGAGGAUCCGACCUGACAUUCAUCGACAAAUCAAACUGUCCCGGCAAAUUAAACGGCACGUCGGCGCCCAUUCUCCAUCAUCACUGGGAGGUGGGAUGGCAAGGCCCAGAGCACGGAGCGGCCGAUUGUCACAUAGCUGUCACGACCAUCAAGCACGAUUUGCGUCUUUUCGGCCGCAUACCCUUCAUCUUGAUGGAAGUCGAAGCCAAACAGAUCGGUCCCGGAUUGGUUUAUUUGACUCUGGGCACUUCGUUGGGCCGUUGCGUCUUGGUUCAGACCGUGACGCCCAUUGCGCCGUUCACUCAACGAGUGUUACAUCGAUUGUACGCCUCGCCAACUGUCAUCGCACCUUACGCCAAACUGAUUCUCUGGGGCGAAGCUAUUCAGUUUGAGCGCGACGUGGCUGUGUGGAACCACAAAACUUACAUUAGACAUCCGGUCAUAGUCUCCGAAGAUCGAACCAUCAGCAAACAUCGACGUUGGUACCAGCAAUUUUAUUCGGAACAUUCUCCGCGUAUUGAAACCAUCAUGGAAAGUAGAAAAGGUUCUUUAGAUUGGUGAAAUUCGUUUUGUUUAGUGAACAGCCUGAUUUUAUUAAUCUUUUUUCAUUCCAGCAAUGUGUAUACAAUAAACCGAGUACUUAUGUUUUGUAUCAUUGUGUAUUUGACAUUUUUAAAAAUGAUUAUCCAGUUUUUCUCAAAUUACAUUUUUU